AUGGUUCGUGAUGCGGCGCGAGAAUGUUCGAGGAGCAAAGAAGUCUCCCCAUCAAGCCUCAAGUCCCAAGGAUCACUACCAGAGCCUCAAUCAAACCACCACAUCUUCACUUUCUACGCAUACACGCGCCCCACCACCCAAAAGCUACAAAUUACCUCCAAAAGCAGCGCAAUGGAAGCCGGUCUCCACCACUCCACUAUCAUGGCCUCCGCAACCGGCUCAACCGCCACCCCUUCAUCCUCGGGCACCAGCACACCAGUCCGCAGCAUGCCGUCCCCCGUGCACGAGCUCGAGCACCACAAGCACACGCACCACUCCGUCAAGGACAUCUGGCGCAGCAUCAAGCACGCAGCCGCGGAGCACCACCGCAGCGUCAACGCCGCGUACACGAGCUACUACGGCCAGGGGGUUACCAGGAUCGGAUAA